AUGCACCUCAGAGACUAUGCUAAGCCCGUCUUUAAAUCCAUUGGCUGCAAAGUAGACAACUGCAUCUACACUGAGAAAAAGUCUUUAGCUGAUAAAAGUGACGCUAUUGUUUUUAUAGGCAGAAGUUUGGGAAGUAAACCAAAAAAACUGCCCCAUCAACGGUGGAUAUGGGUAACCCUCGAGAGUUCGUGUUAUACCGAAGCCGCAGAAAGCGGAGGUGUUUGGGCAGGGAUGUUUAACUGGACCAUCUCAUUUCGGAGAGACUCGACCUUUUUUCUUCCAUAUGGUCACGCCAAGAAACGAUCGACCCCUCUUACCAAAAAUUUCACCAAAAUUGCGCUCAAGAAAACUAAAAAGGUGGCCUGGAUGGUCAGCAACUGUGGGACACGGGGUCAACGAGAAAGAUAUGUCUCAGAACUUAAGAAAUACAUCUCAGUUGAUGUGUACGGUGCGUGUGGCCCCUUUAAGUGUUCAAAACUCGACAAUGAAAAAUGUUUGGACAACAUUAGCAGGGACUACAAGUUUUACCUGUCCUUUGAGAAUAGUAUCUCAACAGAUUAUGUAACAGAGAAAUUUUGGAAAAUGUUCGAUCUAGACAUUGUAACGGUAACGAGAGGCCCGGCAAAUUAUUCAAGGGCUGGAAUAAAACCCGAGUGGCACAUUAAUACGAACGAUUUUAAAUCUCCCAAAGAUUUAGCAGACUAUCUGAAAUAUCUGGACAGAAAUAUCACGGCGUAUGUUAAAUAUUUAGAGUGGAAGAACCAGUAUGUUGGACUGUUCCCAAAAGCAGAUGUAUACUGUGAUUUAUGUGCCAAAUUAAACGACCCCAGUGAACCGGUGACAUGGUACCCGCCGGGACAACUGGCCAAGUGGUUUAUAGAUGGACACUGUAUUCCUCCCAAUGAUUUGAAUUUUAACACUUAA